CGGUACUGUCACGUGGUUGGUUCGGAUGAGGCUGAUCACCCGGUUGCAGCGCACGUUGUCCGGGAUUAAUCAGCAAACCUCGGCCUGGGACAUGGCGUGUAGGGUGCUGAGCUUGCCUGGCGGGGGGAGGAGAGGCGGGUUUAGGAACGGACCAGCUGGGGAUGCCAAGAGUUGGAAAGAAAUUUUGAAUACAUCAGUUGGUGUUUUACAGCAGGGUGGAGUGAUUGCUGUACCUACUGAUACUAUAUAUGGCCUUGCCUGUUUGGCUCAGAAUGCCCAAUCAAUCAACAACAUUUACAAUGUGAAAGGACGCAAUGGGACCAAGCCUCUUGCCAUCUGUGUUGGGGACAUUGAGGAUAUUUACAGGUUCUGUCAAGUAAAAGUUCCUGACCAACUUCUUCGUGAUUUGUUGCCUGGGGCAGUCACUCUUGUGAUGGAAAGAACUGAUGAGCUCAAUAAGGAACUUAACCCUUUUACUUCACUUGUGGGUGUUCGGAUCCCUGAUCACGCAUUCAUUAGGCAGCUGGCACAGCUUUGCUCUGAGCCCCUGGCACUGACCAGUGCCAACAUCAGCAACGAAGAGAGCACUCUUACAGCAGAGGAGUUCAAGGACCUAUGGCCAUCUUUAUCUCUAGUGGUGGACGGUGGUCCUAUUGGGGACCUUUCCAGCCCUGAAUGCCGCUUGGGAUCCACUGUAGUUGACCUUUCAAUUCCUGGAAAGUUUACAGUGAUUCGACCAGGAUGUGCACUAUCACCAACUCUGGAAAUCCUCAAAAAUACAUAUGGCUUGUUACCUACCUCCUGACUCCAGUCUUCUAAGGACCAGUUGACACUUGGGAGAUAUUGACUGUAAAGGUUACAGUUGGCACAGCUGUCAUGAUUAAGGACUCUUGAUCUUAAGUGGUUUCAAGAAUAAAAGGCAUGGCAAACUGCUAUUUAAAGACUCAUCGGGUCAUGCCAUCUUUUGGAUACUUCAUGAACAAUGGAUAAUUUAUCCCCCCCUUUUUUUUUUUUCUUUUUUUUUUAUUUAAACUUUGUUUGCAUGCAAGAGAGCAGAUACUUUUUUAGGACUUUAUUUUGACAUGUGUAGAUGACUAGAAGGUAAAUGUUCAACGUUAUUUGGAAUAAACUUGGGAAUAAAUACUAUAUUUUAUAAAAAACGCACAACUAUUCAGUUUAUUAAAAUUGUUUCCUGAGAUGGCUUCAACCUUCAAAUAUUUAAUGUUUCCCAUUAUUUCAUGUGCAGUGUUUAAACAUUCGCUUUAAACACUAAUUUUGGAAUUUGUUUUCCAUUUUAAAAGUAAAAUGGUAUUUUGGAUAAUUUAUAGUUUUUGUUAGUUUUUUGUUUGGUAUUCCAGGUGUCCACAUAAAAGGUCUUAAUAUUAUGGGCCUAUGGAAGCCAGGGUGACCAUCUACGUUUUUAAAAACAGCAUUGCAUGACAGUAGUUGUUCUGCUGAGCAUGUUUAAUGUGUGUGUGUGGAAGUCAGAAUGGGACCAUUAUUGUUUAAAAAAAAAAAAAAAGUGGAUGCAUAAAUACCAACUGUGAAAAACAAGCAUGUUACAUAGCAGGCUAACUCAUUUGCAUGACCUACAUAUUAUAAUAAUCACACACAUAAGAGGUUGCUUGCAGUGGCCGGACAACAUGCUUAUGUUUAUAUGCACACCAGACUGACUGUCAUGCAAAUGAUCUUGAUGGUUAUAAGCAACAUGAUGCUGUAUGUUAGUGUUUAUAUUGUAUUUAUUUUUUGAUGGCAUCAGGCUAGAUUUUGUUUGCCUGGUUCGUGUACAAAAAAAAUGCAAAAUAAGACUGGUAUUUUUUAUUUAAAAAAUAUUGUACUUUGAAAUCAACUGUUUGCUUUUACCACUUAUGUAUAUUUGUCAGCAGUACUGUUAAAUAAUUUAUUUUAUAUGAACUUUACAACUCUUAAUAAACUAAAGAAAAGUAUCACCAUA